AUGGCCGCUAUCAGCGCAGCAGCAGCCUCAGCGCUGGCAUCGCCUGCGGCGCGUCCGCACCUCGCGGACCUUCGCACAGCGGGCCAUUCCGUCGCAGCGGGCCCGCCGUGCGCCAUUUCGCUCAGAUCGCCGUCGGAUCGCCUCAACGCCGCGAGCGCUUUAGUCGCCCGCGACGUCGCACAGGUCGCCAGGCGAUCCUCCCGUCGAGCGACGUGGAUCGCCUCCGUGAGCGGCGGGUCCGGCGGCGCCGGGUACAGCGAUGGCAACGAGAGCGACGACGCUGAUGACGUGGCAGUCAGCGACGAGUCAGUGCCGGAUGACAUCCUCGAAACGCUCGCCCAAUCAGCUGCUGCCACGCAAGCAGCAGCCACCAUUUCUCUUGAAGCGAACGCGAUUGCAGCCGGAGACUCCUUGGAAGAAGCGGCGGCCUUUGCGGCGUCGGAAGCGGCGGAGGCGGCGGCGCGCGCGCAGCAGCGGCAGCUGCGCGACCUGAAGUUGUGCCUGAUCGACUCGCUCUACGGCACGGAGCGCGGGUUCCGCGCGAGCGGGGAGACGCGCGCAGAGGUGGCGGAGCUGGUGGCGCAGCUGGAAGCCGCCAACCCCACCGAGGCGCCCACCGAGUCGCCCGCGCUCGACGGCAACUGGGUGCUCGUGUACACGUUCUCAGAGCUGCUACCGCUGCUGGCGGCGGGGCAGGUGCCGUUGGUGCGGGUGGGCGCCAUCACGCAGAGCGUGGACCUGGCAGCGGGGGCGGUGAGCAACAGCAUCUCGUUCCAGGGGCCGCUCACCUCCUCCUCCAUCCGUGUUGAUGCCAAGGCCGAGAUCAGGAGCGGCAAGCGCCUGCAGGUGAAGUUUGAGCAGGUGACCUUCUCGUCCCCACAGCCCCUCGACGCGGCCUCGCCGCCCUCCCUCGCGCCCAUCGCACUCUUCGGCCAGACCCUGGACCUCUCUCCCCUGGCGGCAGCACUGCAGCCGGUGCAGCAGGCAGCAGUGGAGGUGGCGAAGCUGGUGUCGGGCGUGCCCCCGCUGGCGCUGCCCAUCGAUGGCGAGCGGGCAUCAGGGUGGCAGCUCAUCACGUACCUCGAUGAUGACUUCCGGAUUGCGAGGGGCGAUGCCGGGUCGCUCUUUGUAAUGGUCAGGGAAGGCAGCGACCUGCUGGAGUGA